AUGGCUCUUUGGUCAGAGUUCACUGAAUCUAUCCUCAACGAACACGUGCAUUCUACGUUCAGACAAGCACCAAGUGUGUAUCGCAUCCAGCUGUUUCUUCGCUGGCUCGCCGAAACUAGGACUGGUCAGCUAGAGGAGAACAUCACGGAUACUACUAUUCGAAAUUGCCUCUCGUCACUCAAACGAAAGAUCAAGUUACUUACUGGUCGCCAGUAUAACUCAGCGGAGAACAAGGACCUGGAGAUUUUCAUCACGAAAGACCUUGCGCAGAACGGAAAGAUUGCAACAGGAGCUUAUACUAAGCCGGUAGCACCUUUGCCAGUCGCUGAAGACUUGAUUCGGUUCAUGUGGGCAUGUGACGAAUAUCAAUUCACACAUCCACGCGCACGCCUGCAGCUGGCAUUCUCUGUCGUACUCAUGACUCUUCUAGGCAGUCGUCCUAGAGAGUUCAUUGAAUCGGCAGCCUGGAAGCACAGCAACGAAGGACUUCUAUACAGUGACAUAGAUCUUGGACACCGAAACAACAAGAAACACUCACCUGUUAUGCUUCUGUACGAGGAAGCUACUAUGCUAUCUAUGUUCCUAGUUACACAUUUUAUGGCGUUAGCUCUGGCAGACGGGGUGUUCGAAGAAUGCACUUCGUUCCAAGACAUUGAAGCAAAGGAGCUGCCACUAGGCAGUUCGCUGUACAAAUAUCGCUACAAGUUAGAAGCGAAACAACGGCCUAUCCUUCGAAGCAUUCUCAGCGACGGCUCAGUUUCUGAAAACGGCAUCCUCACCUACGAAUGCUUUAACAACAUGCUCAAGGGGAUUGGUCAACAGGCUAGGUACGAAGACAGGUUAAGUGCAUACUGCUUUCGUCGGGCUUAUGCUAAAGCGGUUGAGAAAACGGCAACUCCUGCACAGAGAAGAUUGCUAAUGGGGCAUUCUAACGAUGAUACUAUCAUGUACUACAUUUCUAGGAUUGUUAGGGUCGACAGCUAA